GAACGUAGAACCGGAUGUGUACGUUUGUCCAUCACACGUAAUCGAGUCCGUACGAUACGACGAAAGUCUAUCGCUUCUUUUUGCUUCUUGGAGGAGCUAGUAGGACUUUGGUUUUUACAGUAUUCGGAGAAAUCCGUUGCGUCGGAGUUCUUUUCUCGCAAGUUGAUCGGAAAGAAACGAUUCGCAGCUGAGCGGAUUCGUUCGUUCGUCCGCUGAUCGACUGAUGUGGAGACUCCACGCGAGUCUCCUCGACAGAUCGCUUGAAAAUGCAGAGUCAGGAGAACGAAGGUGCGGACGGAUCUCCAUGGAAUAACUCAAGUGGUUGCGAUGAGGAACACAGGCCAGCCCCAAAGGAGGGUAAAAAGUCAAAUGUGUUACCAUUAUGGGGCAACGAGAGGACUAUGAAUUUAAAUCCUUUGAUUCUCACCAACAUACAAUCGUCACAUUAUUUCAAGGUGAAUUUAUAUGAACUCAAGACCUAUCACGAGGUGAUCGACGAGAUCUAUUACAAGGUUUCUCACCUGGAACCAUGGGAGAAGGGCAGCAGAAAGACAGCGGGUCAGACCGGGAUGUGUGGAGGCGUACGAGGCGUGGGAGCUGGAGGAAUUGUUUCCACGGCGUAUUGUCUACUAUACAAGCUUUUCACGCUGAGGCUAACCAGGAAACAACUGAAUGGUCUUAUUAAUCAUCCGGACUCGGCCUACAUACGCGCCUUAGGAUUCAUGUAUAUUAGAUACACACAGCCACCAGCAGACUUGUUCAGCUGGUACAGCGACUACCUGGAGGAUGAGGAAGAGCUAGACGUGAAGGCAGGCGGCGGGCAGGUGAUGAAAAUGGGCGAUAUUCUUAAACAAUUCCUCACCAAAUUAGAGUGGUUCUCCACAUUGUUUCCACGAAUACCAGUACCGAUACAAAAAGACUUGGAGCUGCGACUGGCCGAGCGUUUUCCACAACAGCAGGUGAACGCACGAAAUGCCAAGCCGCCGAUCACUCUUAACAGCAAGUACGGCAACAAGGAUGGCCGUAAGGACAACGGUAACUUGACAGGGUCACGUAAUCAGCAACCACGGCAUAUCCCCGACAACGAGACUCAAUGGGGCGAAGCUGAGCGUAUGAGUCAGUGGCGUGCCAGAACUGAUGAAGAUCGUAAGGACAAAAAUAGAGAGCGCGAUCGGGAGCGCGAGAGAUUACGAGAGCGUGAUAGGGAAAGAGCUCGUGAGCGGGAUCGCGAGAGAGACAGGUAUAGCAGAAGGUCUAGCAGUCGUGACAGAAGCAGAAGACAAAGGGAUCAUAGGAGCCGUAGUAGAGACAAAUCAUAUGGAGAUCGGAGCAGGGAUCGUCAUCGUGACAGAGACCGACAUCGGGAGAGGUAAGGAUAAAAAAGAGGAUCGCCGUACGACUAUGCUACAGAAUUGGCACGCGAACGUGAAAGGCAACGAAGAGAAAGGGAAAGAGAAAGGGACUGAGAAACGAUACACAUUGUGUACAUAUUUAAUUAUUUCUACGAAUUGUGUGAAUUGUAUGAAAGCAUUAAGAAAAAAAAAAAAACAAAAGCGAUGAUAGCUACCGAGCCGAGUCACCGACACCAUCACUACAAUCACUGUCUCUAUCAUCGGCAUGUGCACUACGUGUGUUCACAGCAGAACGUUUCCGAAGUGGAAUAUAAAUCUAACUCUGUAUUCGUCUGUAGUUUACAUGUUUUUAUAAAAUAAAUACGUGACUGUCAA